UGUAAAUAGAGACGCUUCGUGCAGCAGAGCAACAUUCGCGACUUGAUAAGCAUCGGUGACUUAUCGCAUCAGCCAGAAGUUCUUCGGUUUACAGAACAAAACAUCGAGAAACAUGGCCACAUCGACAGAAUGGACUCCUUCUUUGUGGUAUGACACCUUCAAUGAACUGCUGGAUGAUGACAGUGAGCUGGACUAUGGAGACCGGUGGACUCUUAAGGUUAACUACAACAAGACAGAUGAAAUCACUUAUGAGGAGAGGAAGAAAGGCUGGAAGGUCUCCACUCACCAAGCAAACGGAAAAUUUCAGUGUGUAUCCUGCAAAAAGACCUGGGAUUCAGCGCAGGUGAGGUUGGUGUUCCGGUACCGGCUGCUGGGGGGCCAAGGGACAGUGAUUAUGCGUCCUUUUGGUCAGGCCUGUCUUCGCUGUAGAGGUGACAAGUUCAAUCUCCCUGGUUUUGACAAGAAAGAGGUGGAACAAGCCCUCCUCAGGCAGUUUUACAAAAUUCGGAAAAACUGCUACCAUGAGGAGGAUGAGGAGAAGGCUGAAGACAAUGGAAGACCAUCAUCAGAGUCUGAAGCGAAGACCAAACCCCACAAGAACCACCUGUGCCAGGCAUGCCGUGUGGGCCAUUGCUGUGUGGAUGACAAGGAUGAUAACUAGAGUGUGUGUGUGUGUGUGUGUGUGUGUGUGUGUGUGUGUGUGU